GCGUCAGGUAAGCGGCCGCCUCGGCGCACGGUGCGGCCCAGCCUAGAGUAGAGUAGUUCAGGCCCCGCUCACCCUCCCGGUCACACGGCCCUCGCUCACCCUCCUGCCCGCCCGGCCCAGAGCGGGCCCCGCUCACACACUCCUGCCCGCCCUGCAGGUCUCACUCCGGCCCGGCGGAGCCAGUCACCCCCCCCCUUGUGGAGUGGGCCAGGGGCGAUCCCCCCCAUGAGGGGAGCUCUCUCCCCGCGGUCUAACUGUGCCCCCACCCCACUCUCUCUCUCCGCCUCCCCCCGGUCGAGGCAGCGGGUUUACUUCCCGCUCCCGCGCUCUCCUUCCCCAUAGUUCCUUCAUUCUGGUCUUCGGCCCCCUCACAAGUGCACUGUAGUGACUUUCAUUGAAAUCUUGCCGUUCAUGUCCUAUCCAACACACAACAGGCCAGUUGCUUUCCCAGUUUGGGCAAACGUGGUGUAAUAUUACCCUCUCGUGCAGCGCGUUUUGCGAAUCUCUCAAUUUUGCACGGACCCACUCAAACUUGCAUUGUGUUCCAGAUACCAACCACUAUCAAAUCACCUUUAAACCUGCUUCCUCUGCCCUUGAACUGGUGCCCUCUUGUUUUUGAUACCUCUAGUGUGGGCUGAAGCACCAUGCGGCUCUACCUUCUGUUUCUCCUCCUCGUGCAGGGCUGUGGCCUUGUUGUUGGCAAGUUCGAUGACUUUGAUGACACGGAUGACAUUGUAGAGUACGACGACAAUGACUUUGCAGAGUUCGAAGACGCAAACGAAGAUGCCGCCGAGGAGGUCCUGCAGAAAGUCACUACUGUACAAGAUGACGAGGAAGAGGCAACUGUGGAGCUGGAGGAUCAGGAGGAUUUUGAGGACCCAGACUCAGUAGGAGAAGGAGAUGCAGAAGGAGAGCCGUUCGAUGAUGAAGAAUUUGAAGGUUAUGAGGAAGCAGACAGACCUUCCAGCAGAAGCAAAGAUCCAAUUAAAAUCGUUAAUGUUCCUCAUCAUCUACAGAACAGCUGGGAGAGCUACUACCUGGAGAUUCUGAUGGUGACAGGCCUUUUGGCUUACAUCAUGAACUACAUCAUAGGCAAAAACAAAAACAAUAGACUGGCUGCUGCUUGGUUCAACUCUCACAAGGAACUGCUGGAGGGUAACUUUUCCCUAGUUGGGGAUGAUGGGGUUAAUAAGGAACCCACCAGCACAGGGAAGCUGAACCAGGAAAAUGAGCACAUCUACAAUCUGUGGUGCUCGGGGAGGGUAUGUUGUGAGGGAAUGCUAAUUCAGCUGAAGUUCUUGAAACGGCAGGAUCUCCUGAAUGUACUUGCAAGAAUGAUGAGACCUGCCAGUGACCAAGUGCAAAUCAAAGUAACCAUGAAUGAAGAAGAUAUGGACACCUAUGUAUUUGCCAUUGGGUCACGGAAGGCCAUGGUCCGAAUGCAGAAGGAAAUGCAGGAUUUGAGCGAGUUCUGCAGUGAUAAGCCCAAAUCAGGGAUUAAGUUUGGGCUUCCUGAUUCGCUCUCUAUCCUGUCUGAAAUGGGUGAGGUCACCGAAGGUAUUUUGGACAAUAGGAUGGUGCACUUCCUUUCAAAUCACGCCGAUAAGAUAGAGUCUGUUCAUUUCUCGGACCAGUUUUCUGGGGUGAAAAUUAUGCAAGAAGAGGGUCAACCCCUCAAGCUGCCUGACACUAAAAAGACACUACUGUUUACAUUUAAUGUGCCUGGAAUCGGCAACACUUAUCCAAAGGACAUGGAGUCCUUGCUACCAUUAAUGAAUAUGGUUAUUUACAGCAUUGACAAAGCAAAGAAGUAUCGUCUCAACAGAGAGGGUAAGCUGAAAGCUGAUAAAAAUCGUGCUCGUGUGGAGGAGAACUUUCUGAAGAUGACGCAUGCACAGCGUCAGGAAGCUGCUCAGAUUCGCAGGGAGGAAAAAAAACGGGCUGAAAAAGAAAGAAUUAUGAAUGAGGAGGACCCAGAAAAACAACGCAGGCUUGAGGAGGCCGCUCUCCGUCGUGAGCAGAAGAAACAAGAGAAGCGGCAGAUGAAGAUGAAACAGAUCAAAGUGAAAGCAAUGUAGAACCACCAAAUAACCAGGGGCUGGGAAAGGUGGGCUGCUGUCUGGAGACAGCAGACCACAUCAAAUUGAAAUGUUUGAUUUUAUUGAGAAAAAAAAACUCAGGGCACUCAAAAGUUGGUUCUGCAGUUUUUACAACCUGUUCCGUAUGCUGUUCUUGGACAAUCUUGAGUAGUUUACUCUUCUUUUCUCUUCAUCUACUCUUGUCCUCAAUUCUGCAUGAAAGUCUUUAUAUGUUCUAUAUGGUGCUGAGGUCAGGCAUGGAGUUUAAGCUGAUGGUUUGGGCAUUUGUGCCACAUAGCAAACAAUGGGAUUCAAGUGCUGUUGUGGAUCCCAGUUUAACCCUCUAGUUUACAGCAGACCAAAAUUGCAGAUGAUAGAUUUAUCACACUGGUACACCCUGCAUAUUCAGCGUUUUUAUUUAAUGAAGAACCUCAAACAAGUUUCAUUGAAUUCGAAUGGUCAUUAAAGACUCUUGGCAACACUGAACUGCACGGAUUAGUGUGAAAGCUGUGAUCUGUCCCAUGCAAUAUGAAUCCUGUGGAGAAUGAGGCUGCAACCCAGUGACUGAAAGCAAUUCUCAGUUGCUGGACUGGUUACUGGGCUCAGUAGUUUGGGCUGUAGUUCUAAAUCUCCUAUGUUGCUGCACUAGAGUGGCAAUGUCUGCUGGGUUUCUGCACCUGAGCAUUUUCAUUGUUCUUCUUUGCCUUCUUUACUACUUCAUGGCUUCUUCUCACGAAUUGCACUCUUGGACAUCAGGCAAGGACACGGUUAUUGUAUCUUUGCAUUAGCUUAACACAUUAAACAGAUGAUCAAAACUCCACAUUAGUGAGUGGCCAAUUUAAUUAUGAAGAGUAGACAUUAUUCUAGAACAAAACCAUGCUUAAUCUGUUUCAAAGAGGGACUUUAUGUUGGGUGGGGAUGAGAAUGGAAGGAGUGUGGAAAAAUGUCAUUCUGGCCCGUUGCUGCAAUUUGGACCAUGCCUGGCUCCACAUAUCUGAAUCUUUGGUCAGUGAGAAACAUCCUCCUUUGUUCAUUCAGGUGUCUGGACAUCUCCAGCCACAAAGCAAGUAGUUUUUACAGUGUCCUGGUGGAAUGAACAGGCCACACGCUAUCCAAAUCCACAGCGGUGCAUGUUCCUCUUGUCAAAGGCCACUGCUCAGCAGCAGUCAUGUGAUGGGAACUGCAAAAUGUACAGGAGGCUGCAGAUCUUCAGCUUAAGGCCUUGAAACCUGUCAUUUUAUUCAUCCCUUAAGUUAAGUUGUUGGGACUGCCCUGUGCAUGUGGCCAACAAAGGCAAACAAUAAAGAUAUGUAUCUCCGUGUGAUGGAAAGCAUUUGGUUCAUGUAUUGGCUACAGAUUUCAUGGCACCAUCUAACAAAGAUAGCAUAGAUUUUCAAGGUCCAACAAGUGCUUAAUAUGUGCUCUCUGAAUCUAGUCAGUCCCUGGCAGGCUUUCAUAUGGAUUUAUCUGGCAUGGGGAAAGAAGCAAGAGAUGAAGAUGUUGGGUCAACAAUGCAAUCACUCUUUCCAACACUCAGUUUGCUGCCUUGUAACAUUCACCAGUAAUCCCAAAAUACACAAAAUGCCGGAGUAACUCAGCGGGACAGGCAGCAUCUCUGGAGAGAAGGAAUGAGUGACCCCACCAUCCCCCCCAGCACCAGACCUCACAGGGUCACCCAUUCAUUCUCCAGAGAUGCUGCCUGUCCCGCCGAGUUACUCCAGCAUUUUGUGUCCAUCCCAAAAUACAUGUUAACAUUUCCAGUGGCCUAGCAUCUUUCCCAUUCAAGAUGUAUUUUUGGACUUGGCUACGGACUGUGUUAGUGCUGGAAGCGUUAGUGAGCUCUUUGGAGGAUUAUCUGUGAAUUCAAGAUGAGGCUUACCGAGACGUGUCACCUAACUGAAGAAUUGAUUUGUCAACCUGUUCCUCAGCUUCAGCCAUUAACUCUGUUGCUGACAUAAUCCUGCAUCUAAACACCACAUGGAGGCCAGAACUUGAACUGCAAUAUCAGAUAUUUGCCCCUCGACUGAUGAGAAUGUGGUGAAUAAGUGUUUUGGAAUCCAUCCUAUGGUACUGCAUUCUAGGACAAGCCUCCACAAUUGGUUUUAAAUGUGGUUUUAAAAGGAGCGUAGACAGUCACUCAGGAGUAUUUAGUAUGCAAAGGAUAAUGCCAAGCCAAUGAGUUUAAUACAUAAUUCCUGUAAAGUGGUUAAAUGAUACAUUUUAGUAGAAUAUUUUAAAUCUGCUUUUUGACAUGUUAAAAUGUUGGACUUUCAAUGUCUUCUGACCCCUUUCAUCUGAGUAAUUCUCUCCUAAACUAUAUUGCCUUGACAUUUUCUUUCUCACACCACACACUCCCACCUUAUGCCGUCAAAGUUCCAGAUUUCUAUUGUUUAUAUUAAUAGGUGCUUCCUGAUAUCACUUCAAAAUUGCCCAAUACUCCCUGAAGCCUGAAUUUUGCACAUGUUGCUCAUGCAAUGGUCCUGGAUUUUUAUAAAAUCAGCAAGAAACUGUUUAACCAAAUGCUUAAAUAUAUAUUAACCCUGUCUUCCAGACCAGCCAUAAUAUGGGAUUCAGGUGGUAUGAUGCCAAGCAUCAGCCUCUACAUUAGAGCAAUGAACCAGUUUAAUCUUAAGCACCAUUGAUCGGUUAUGCAAUUUAAACUACAUGUGCAAGGUAUUGUGGUUUUAAAAGGAGCUUAGACAGUCACUCAGGGGUAUUAGUAUGCAAAGUAAAGUACCAUAUCAAUGAAUUUGGUAUAGUUUCUGUAAAGUGGCUAAAUUUGGCCAACAGUAAGACUCAAAAAUAGUCAUGAGCCAGACACUACUGGCUGGCCUUGUGUGCUGGUACCCACUCUUGAAUAACCCAAGAGGGUUCAGGUUGCGCCUUCAGUGGGUUAGUUCAUCUCAAACCCUCAAUCAUGGGUUUGUGUGCACAAAGAUCCUGGGAAGGGGGUCAAAAGAGUUGCAUCCCAGCAGUGUUAACAUGCCCAAGAUAGAAGAGGGGGAAAUGGGUAGAAAAAUAGUUACAUAUUCAGUUGUAUAUUGGACUAGAGCCUAUAAAAUUCAAUAUGAUGUUAAUGUUAAAGUAAAUUUCCACUUGUACAUUUGAGGCGAAAGGAACUUUCCUAAGGAUAUGAAUCCAGUCCUUGGAAUUUACAGCCGCAGGGUACAGCCGUGACUAAUCUCUGUUCUGGGUGUAAAGCCUAAGCCCUUUGCCACUUUACACUAAAAUUGCUUCUCCUGGUAUUUCAUGCAUUGUAUCUGGCAUUUUAAAUCAAUGCUGCAGAGUCACACACGUUUGAAAGAGGGGAGGGUGCAAGCAGAAUCUUUAUGUUCUUGAGUUUAUUUAAGUAAAUGGAUAAUUAUUGAAUCUAUCAUGGUAUGUGUGUGGUAAGCAUGGACUUAAUAAAAAAAACUUUUAUAUUAGAAAAAAA